AUGUCAGAGCCUCUUUUGAAACCCGCUGAGUAUGGGCCGGAGAUAAGAUACAAAUCUUGUCUCGUAUUGGAGAACAUUGGGAUCCCCUAUGUCAUUUGGUUUGAAGAUGCUCUGGUACACUAUGGGGUUCCCACGGUAGUCUUCGAUUUAUAUGUCCUUGUCUUAGACAUUGAUACCGCUGCCGACGCCCUUAUCAAAGCUGGAUGGAUUGUUGAUACCCAAAACCCUCAUCGGAUUGGGGAUUCAGUCGUGGCAAUUCCGCAAACACCGCUGAUCUCCCCCGACCAGAAGACAAAGACGGUCCUUCUCCUCGCUUCUGACUGGAGGUUCCCUCUCGCGGCUAACCCAGCUCUCGAGAGGGUUCCUGUGAACGACCGUUCCCCCUCAAAGCUGUCGUUCCCCCUAUUGUCAGGCUUACUCGAUUCCCUGAUUGAAAGCUGGUUGGUUGGUCCCACUGAGGACGCCACAUUAUUGGUUCGCCUGGCAUGUUAUUUUAACUAUCUGUACGGAUAUGUGCCGGCACUUAAAGAGCGAUCGUUUGCCGACCAGAUGAAAUAUGAGCAUCGCCAGUUCCAUUUCGAUGUGCUUGCUGGGAUGGCUUCACCAACUUUCCCUUUUAGAAACCACCAACGUGGCAUUAGAGAUGCGCUUUUGCAGGAUCGGUAUGAGUUACAGGAAUGCUCGGCGUCUCGCGAUGAUGAAGCCCUCUUUGUACGGAUCGCCUGGGCCCUGGAGGAGCGUAAUCUCCUACCCAGGAGCCAUCUAGGGGGCCGCAGGGGCAUCUCAGUCGACCACCUGAUCCAGUUGCUCCUUGACCAGAUCUUUGAGAGCUGGGGUAAGGGCCGGAAGGUCAGCAUCCCCCAGGGGUCCCCUAUAUCGCCGAUCCUAUUCCUCCUAUUCAACACCACCCUUAUUCGCGCCCUAUUGAUCGACGGUAUUGAGGCCCUUCGGAUUCACCCACCCCUCCUAGAGGGAGGCAAGACGGUCUCCUACGGGUGGAUUGACGAUGCUGCCACCCUGGCCAUCUCGGAUAGCUACGCGGUCAACCAGCGCCUUCUGGAGAGUGCCGGACAAGGCCGCGGUAUGGUCAAGGCAGCAUUCGCCCAAAUUCGCCCCCGAUAA